AACAUGGACGCGACCAGUCUAUCGGACAAAGUGCACUGUAAAGUUUAAACGUUGUGAACCUUUGAACGCUCGAGCUUACGAUGAGCGCGAACAAAUAUGCCAAUCUUCCCGACAUCGACACUGCACCAGAUGUCUAUGAAACGGAGGACGUCUUUCCGUCUUCUGAUAUCAACAGAGGGGAUUCUGAUUCUGAUGAACCCUCAGGUCCACGGAUACGCGCCCAGCGAGGUGCAGAUACCUCGAAAGAAGAACUCGACAACAGCAACUUGAUCAGUGCCGAAGAUGCGAGCAGACACUUUCGAAGAGCCGAACGGCGUCGCCAGGAAUCACGCUUUGCAUACCCCCCAUCAUCGACAUCCUCACGGUCACGUUCACCAUCACCGAGUAGACGGCCUCUCCCGGCGCGCCUGCGAGCCCUACAAGCUGAGCUUGCUGCUUUGGAGGGUGAGGUUGCGGAUCCGUCGAAUCCUGCACUUAAAGCUGAGGGUGUUGAUGCUGGUGAGAUGAUAAGAGGGUUAGUAGAUGUGCGGAGACGGUUAGAGAAAGUCCGCAUGGGCCGUGAGGGACGAGGGAGAUUGGUUGGUGUAGUGCUCGGUGAUGAUGGCAGGGAAGACAGUGAAGAAGACGCGGAACGGCCUCACAGUACCGAUGGCAAGGCGAAUGAAACGAAAGGGGAGGGAGUACCGGAAGUUCGAGGCGUCGCUGAAAUGGACAAGCGAGUGGGAGAACUAGAGAAGCUAGUAGGCUCCGUAAGCGCGACUUUGGAUGAGUCCACGCCAAUGACCCCACCUCUUCUUCCUAUGCUCACGCGCUUGAACUCACAAUUGAUGCUUUUGACUCAACCGCGGCAUAUCGAUUCCAUCUCUCGUCGAUUGAAACUUCUGUUGUCCGAUCUUGAGCGUGUUACCGCGCAGUCGCAAAAACAACACUCACAGCAGCCUGGGAGUACAAUGACCCAGGAUGCACUCCUUCCCCUGUUAUCACGUCUGGCUCCUUCACUUCCGCACAUCCCACAUAUAUUAACUCGUUUGCGUACCCUCUCUGCACUACAUGCGUCUGCUGGUGAGUUUCAAGGAACGAUGGCGGCGCUCGAGGAAGAGCAACGCAAGACAAGGGAGGCUCUGGAAGCUCUCAAAAAUGCCGUCGGGGACGUGGAGACCAGCUUAGAAGCUAACAAGGGGACAGUCGCUGGGAAUGUUCAGGGUCUGGAGGACAGAGUAGAUAGAGUUUUGAUUCGACUCGAGGAGCUCUCAAAGUAAGUAACAGCAGGCAUUUAUAAUGAUACCUUUAAUGCAAUGACGAAACAUGCGAUUCAAAUACGAGCAUCCCAUACAGCUUCUUUUCAAUCAAAUCACAUCGGUAAACCCACUGUCUGCCAGAUACUCUCUAGCAUGUUGCUUGGCCGCGGCUGAAACGUUCGGAUCUGGA